AUGGAGCGGGAGAAUGACGGACUGCCAAUAUCGUCUCUUCGGGAAAUCAAACUGCUAAAGACUCUCCGACAUGACAACGUCGUUUUGGUCAAGGAGGUUGCUGUUGGAAACGAUCUGGAUCAAAUCUUCCUCGUCAUGGAAUACUGCGAGCAGGACAUGGCGGCUCUAAUGGAUAAUGUCAAGAAGCCGUACACGCCAGCUGAAGUAAAAUGCCUGAUGCUCCAGCUGUUGAAGGGCAUUGAGUACUGCCACGACCAUUUUGUUAUCCACCGCGACCUGAAGCUUUCCAACUUGCUUCUUAAUUCUCAGGGCAUCCUUAAAAUUGCGGACUUUGGUCUUGCUCGUUCGUUUGGCUUGCCAUCGCGGCCGAUGACGCCCAAGGUGGUCACUCUGUGGUACAGAGCACCAGAGCUACUUUUUGGAGAUCUAAACUACACAACGGCGGUCGACAUGUGGUCGGCAGGAUGCAUUUUUGGAGAACUCUUGAAGCACGCGCCCUUGUUGCCAGGGAAGGUUGAGAAGCAGCAAGUGGACUUGAUAAUUGACCUCCUUGGAACGCCCCAUGAGAAAAUCUGGCAAGGAUUCAAUAAGCUGCCCAUGUCCACUAUCAAACUGCCUGAGCAAAGGUUCAACAACUUGAAGAACAAAUUCCCUCACAUCACCGAUGCUGCUCGAUCUCUGCUCAGUGGACUGUUGACCUACGACCCCAAGAAGCGCCUUUCAGUCAAACAAGCACUUGCCCAUCCUUAUUUCUUCGAAUUACCACACCCCAAACACGCUUCCCUUCUUCCCACACACCCCGAAAUCCGUAACAUUCAAAUCACCAGGCCAGGAACCUACAAUGUCAGGAACUCGCUCACUCUACUCAGCAACAAGGUCACCCAGGCAUCACCUCCAGAGUCUCUUCUUACUCACAGGACAAGGUCAUGGUCAUCCUCAUCCAUGUCAAUGUCGCCAACUGUCUUUCCUAAUCAACAACACUCCCUCACGACCAAGGGUGCGGAUACUAUCCCGCACCAAACCUUCUUCGGAACGAUCCCUGUCGUCGUCGCCAGAAAGAGCGCUUUUGCGACAACCACCGCUACCUCUAAUACACACGUCAGCAACAACAACGGGAGCAGCAGUAGCGAUACUAAUGUCCCUGGAGACUCGUACCCGUAUCCGUAUUCCGACCCCGACUUUCUGGAUUUUGAGCAGUGCAAGAAUCCUGUCCAACUCGAAAAGAGCGUAGCGUCGUAUCUCAAGAGCCACCCAGUACCGACAGAUCAAGCCUUGGUAGCCAUGCUGACCGCUUGCGCCAACUUGUGUCGAGCAGCAAUGUCACCAUCGCCUUCCAAGACGACACAUCACCCACGGAAACAGCACCAGCAACAUCAACAGCACACACGGUUACCCAAGGACAAAAGGAAACCAGAAACCAACAAAGCAUCUACAACAUUAGCACCGCCAAAUCUCUUGGAGACAAUCCUUCAGUCGUCCAUGUUUUCCUCUGACCAAGUGUUCAAGAUUGCACACUCGAUCCACAACGACUUGUCGACCCGUCCUCACUCAGAAUCUGGGAUCAUUCAGGACCUUCCGAGCCGGCAGCGGACCUCCUCUCUCCAGGUCACUAAUGCAUUCCUGAAUAUAUGCGCCAUUACGGGCCACUUUAACGAAGCAGAGGCGGUCCUCCAGGAGAUGCUUGAUAGUCCGCAGGGAGACGUCAAGCCGGAUUUGACAACAUAUCGGCAUGUUCUCCGAGCAGCGGCCGUUGCUCAGCGGCACCAAUAUACUGUUGCGAGGCAGGAUCAGGAUCAGGAUCAAGCGAGGAGGUCUUCGAUUGAUGCGAGCGUACAAGAAGUGAUUGAGCAUGCAUCGGAGGCAUUGUCGAAGAAGGCGCGAAUGGCGUUCUGGAUAAAGCUGGGGCUCGGAGGACUCACAGGGGCUACUGUCGGCAAAUUUACAAUGAUGGCGAUCAUGGCUCUCCCGAUAUCUCGCCCGUUGGAGGAUGGUGUGGAGAGGAACAGUGGGGAAUCAACAUCGACCCACAUGAUUGACUCCUUGCAGCCCACCGAAGGGAUCAUGGAGUUUUUGGCGACUCAGGAGGUCGCCACGGGGAUUGGCCUUGCGGUGGGUAUGUUGACGGCGGGGUACUUUAUCCUUGGGAGCACAUGCCGACCUCUGGCCACUGUGGCAACUCAACAGACAUCAGCAGCAACCUCGACAACGGCACAUGCUCAGGAACUUGCAGUGGAUGAAGUGGUAGGGGAACCAAGAACCAAGAGUCGUCAUGACCACCAUCAUCACCGUCACUUGCCGGAUACCCUCCCACGUGCCAAGCUGUUUGGACUGUAUUUCCCGGAUCUGGCAACAACAAGUAAAGACGAAGUUCGAGAUUACCUCCAGAGGAGCAUGCAGUCUUGA